AAGGGAAGAGGUUCUAUGGGUGAUCUUCGUAACCCUUUCUAACAACACCACGAGGGGCAUCUCCAGGGAACUCCUCGACUGUCAAAACAAGAACCAGGCAGAGGCGGGCCAAGGUCUCAUACUCACAUUUUGCAUCCCUCCAAGCUCGAUGGCCUUCCUGCAACGAGGCAUAAUGGCUCCUAUGGAACGAUCCCCCGCCACGGCCACCAGCGACGAGCCGCGCUUCUCCUCCUUCUUCUCGCAACGCGCACGGCGACAACUAGGUCUCUUCUUCGCCGGCGCCGGCUUCGUCGCCCUCUCCACCAUCGUCACCCGGCGAGCGCUCCUCCGCCGCUACCGCGCCACGGUCCCCAAAUUCUACCAGCAGAGCAACCAGCCCAACAAGAUCACCAAUGGCUACAUGGAAGCGCUGGAGGCUCUGAACCUAGCGACGGUGAACGUGCUGAGCUACGCCAUGAUGCUGACCGGGGGCGUGCUCUACGCCUUUGAUAUCUCGAGCCUCGACGACAUGCGCCGGAACGUGCGGUCGAAGAUGGGUAAUGGGGACGGAGCACAGGUGAAUGAGGAGGAGGAGAAAGAGAUCGAGAAGUUUUUCGUGGAUAUCCUAGAGAAGACAGGCCGGAAGUUCGAUAAGGAUGGGAAGGAGAUCAAAACGGCCAAGCAGGCUGAGGAUACAGAGGAGAAGAAGUAAUGGGAGCGGUGUUGCUGGUCCAUCCUUUUACUUGGAACGGAUUGAAGAAUUCCUCAGAGUAGGAGGGGAAAUG